AUGAGUCUACAGUGGACAAUAAUUGCGACGUUCUUAUACGCCGAAAUAGCGAUAGUUCUUCUUUUGACAUUGCCGGUCGCGAGUCCUUCAAAAUGGAACAAAUUUUUCAAAUCAAAGUUUCUGGCUUACAUAAGUGGUCAAGCGUCUAUUUACUUCCUAAUACUGAUUGGAGUGUUAGUACUAUGCCUUCUCGAUGCGAUCCGGGAAAUGCAAAAGUAUUCAAACAUCGAAUCCUCAGACCACCAACAUCUGGAUGCUGAAAUGCAAGGUAACAUGAGGCUAUUCCGUGCUCAGAGGAACUUCUAUAUCUCUGGUUUCGCAUUAUUCCUACUGGUUGUCAUCAGGCGGUUGGUGCAGAUGAUUACUCAACUUGCAACUUUAUUGGCUCAGUCUGAGGCUAACUUCCGUCAAGCACAGAGUGCGACAGUUACAGCCAGAACGCUCUUAGAUCAGCAGGGAGCCGGCGAUGAGAAGAGCAAGAAGGAACUUGAAGAACUUAAGAGUCAAAUUGAGUUGUUGGAGAAAGAUCUUAUUCGAGAGAAGAAGGACAAGGAAGCAGUGAAAUCACAGGCCGAGAGUCUUAAUAAAGAAUAUGACCGUCUGGCAGAAGAACACAGCAAAUUGCAAAAGAAAGUGACGGUAGCCAGUGGAGGAGACGGCAAGAAAGAUGAAUAG